UUGGUGUUUUUUACAAGUAAUCAAAAAGCAGAAAAAAGAGUUGUUCCAACUAUGAAUCGUAAAAAGAUAGACAAUCGUAUACGGACACUAAUUGAAAAUGGAGUGACUGAAAAACAUCGAACAAUGAUUGUCAUUGUUGGCAACAGCAACGAUCAAGUUGUUGUUCUACAUCAUAUGCUGUCAAAAGCCGAAGUGAAAGCAAGGCCUUCUGUUCUCUGGUGUUACAAAAAAGAACUUGGAUUUUCAACCUUUGGCCAUAAACAACGGAUGCGAAAAAUGCAAAAGAAGAUAAAAAGUGGGAAACUAUCAACUGGUAAUAAAGAUGCUGAUCCUUUUGAAUUAUUCAUUGCUUCUACAGACAUCCGAUAUUGUUACUAUAAGGAAACUCACAAGAUUCUUGGUAAUACGUAUGGCAUGUGCAUUCUACAGGACUUUGAAGCCAUAACUCCCAACUUACUGGCCCGAACAAUUGAGACAGUCGAAGGUGGUGGCCUUGUAGUAUUACUUCUUCGAGACAUGGAUUCUCUCAAGCAACUUUACACAAUGUCAAUGGAUGUCCAUGCAAGAUUCCGAACAGAAGCUCAUCAGGAAGUGGUUGGACGCUUUAAUGAAAGAUUUCUACUAUCUUUAACCACUUGUAAUCGAUGUCUGGUCAUUGAUCAUAAAUACCGAAUCCUCCCGUUGUCAUCACUUACUUCAAAUAUUACUCCUUUGCCUUAUAAAUCCAAGGAAGAGUCACUAACCCCAUCAGAGCAGCAGUUGGCAUCACUCAAAGAAUCCUUGCAAGACACUCAACCCGUUGGUGCUAUAAUCAACUGUACGCGAACAUUGGACCAGGCCAAGGGACUUUUAAAGUUCAUUGAGGCUAUUUCUGAAAAGACCUUGAGAAGCACGGUAGUGAUGACUGCUGCUCGAGGUCGAGGUAAAUCUGCAGCUCUGGGUCUUGCCAUGGCUACAGCUGUAGGAUUCAGUUAUUCCAAUAUAUUUGUCACUUCUCCCAGUCCAGAAAAUUUGAAGACACUUUUUGAGUUUGUUUUUAAAGGUUUUGAUGUCCUAGAAUACCAGGAACAUACUGAUUAUGAGAUUAUCCAGUCAUCUAAUCCUGACUUCAAUAAAGCCAUUGUACGUGUAAAUAUCUUCCGAGACCACAGACAGACAAUUCAGUAUAUCCAUCCUUCAGAUUCUCAUAAAUUAGGUCAAGCUGAACUUGUGUGUAUUGAUGAAGCUGCUGCAAUUCCUUUACCCCUUGUAAAGAAUCUGAUUGGACCAUAUCUUAUAUUCAUGUCAUCAACUGUAAAUGGGUAUGAAGGCACAGGGCGUUCACUUUCUCUAAAGUUGGUGCAGCAGUUGCGUCAACAGGCAGCAACAUUUUCUAACACUUCAGUGGAAAAUAAUUCCAAGACUGGAAACAUGUCAGGUCGGGCUCUUUAUGAAGUCCAGUUGAAUGAAUCAAUCAGAUAUGCAAACGGGGAUGCCGUGGAGAAGUGGCUAAAUGAUCUUCUCUGCUUGGAUGUUACAACUGUGCCUCACAUAACAUCAGGUUGCCCAAUGCCCAAAAACUGUGACCUUUACUAUGUGAACAGGGACACUUUGUUCUCCUUCCAUAAGGGAUCUGAGGCCUUCCUUCACAGUAUUAUGUCACUGUACGUCUCUUCCCACUACAAGAACACUCCAAAUGACCUUCAGAUGCUGUCAGAUGCACCAGCACAUCAUAUCUUUGUACUCCUUGGACCAAUGGCAUCUCAUAAGCAAGGAUUACCUGAACCCCUUUGUGUUGUACAGGUUUGUCUGGAAGGUGACAUUUCCAAAGCUUCUGUGAUGAAUGGUUUACGACAAGGGAAACGAGCAUCAGGAGAUUUGAUACCAUGGACAAUUUCCCAACAGUUUCAAGACAGUGAUUUUGCAAGCUUAUCUGGAGUCCGAAUUGUAAGGAUUGCCACUCACCCAGACUACCAAAGUAUGGGUUAUGGAUGCAGGGCACUCCACCUGCUGAGUGAGUACUACAAAGGCCAAAUUAUCAAUCUGAACGAGGAAACCAAAGAGGCAGAACAGGAAAUCAAGCCUUUGGAAGACGAGGAAAUUGAUAUACUAAUAGAAAAGAUUGCUCCACUAUAUUCUUUUUUUUUUUUCUUCUUUUUUUUUUUUUUUUUUUUCUUUUUAUUGGUUUUUUUUUUUUUCUUCUUUUCUUUUUUUUCUCUUUUUUUCUUUUCUUCUUUGUCUCUUUUUUUUUUCCUUUUCUUCUUUGUCUCUUUUUUUUUCCUUUUCUUCUUUGUCUCUUUUUUUUCACCUUUUCUUCUUUGUCUCUUUUUUUUCGCCUUUUCUUCUUUGUCUCUUUUUUUUCCUUUUUUUUCUUCUUUUUUCUCUUUUUUUCUUUGUCUUUUUUUUCUUUUAUUCUUUUUGUUUUUUUUUCACCUUUUCUUCUUUGUCUCUUUUUUUUUUUUUUUUCUUUUCUUCUUUUUUUUCGUUUUUUUUUUUCUUUUUUUUUUUUUUUUUUUUUUUUUUUUCUUCUUUGUCUUUUUUUUCCCUUUUCUUGUUUGUCUCUUUUUUUCCCUUUUUCUUGUUUGUCUUUUUUUUCCCUUUUCUUGUUUUUCUCUUUUUUUUUCCCUUUUCUUGUUUGUCUUUUUUUUUUUUUUUUCCUUGUUUUUCUUUUUUUUUUUUUUUUUUUCUCUUUUUUUCCCUUUUCUUGUUUGUCUCUUUUUCUUUUCCCUUUUCUUGUUUGUCUCUUUUUUUUUUUCCCCUUUUCUUGUUUGUCUCUUUUUUUUCCCCUUUUCUUGUUUGUCUCUUUUUCCUCCCUUUUCUUGUUUGUCUCUUUUUUCUUUUCCCCCUUUUCUUCUUUGUCUCUUUUUUUUUCCCCUUUUCUUUUUUGUCUUUUUUUUUCCCCUUUUUUUCUUUUGUCUUUUUUUUUUUUCCUUUUUUUUUCUUUUUCUUCUUUGUCUUUUUUUUUCCCCUUUUCUUCUUUGUCUCUUUUUUUUUUCCCUUUUCUUCUUUGUCUCUUUUUUUUUCCCCCCUUUUCUUCUUUGUCGUUCUAUAUGA